AUGAGAUUAUCGACUUCGAGUCUCUUCCUUUCCGUGUCUCUGCUGGGGAAGCUGGCCCUCGGGCUGUCGGCUGCAGAAUGGCGCACUCAGUCGAUUUACUUCCUAUUGACGGAUCGGUUCGGUAGGACGGACAAUUCGACGACAGCUACAUGCGAUACGGGUGACCAAAUCUAUUGUGGUGGCAGUUGGCAAGGAAUCAUCAACCAUCUGGAUUAUAUCCAGGGCAUGGGAUUCACGGCCAUCUGGAUCUCGCCUAUCACUGAACAGCUGCCCCAGGAUACUGCUGAUGGUGAAGCUUACCAUGGAUAUUGGCAGCAGAAGAUAUACGACGUGAACUCCAACUUCGGCACUGCAGAUGACCUCAAGUCCCUCUCAGAUGCGCUUCAUGCCCGCGGAAUGUACCUCAUGGUGGACGUCGUCCCUAACCACAUGGGCUACGCCGGCAACGGCAACGAUGUAGACUACAGCGUCUUCGACCCCUUCGAUUCCUCCUCCUACUUCCACCCAUACUGCCUGAUCACAGAUUGGGACAACUUGACCAUGGUCCAAGAUUGUUGGGAGGGUGACACCAUCGUAUCUCUGCCAGACCUAAACACCACCGAAACUGCCGUGAGAACAAUCUGGUAUGACUGGGUAGCCGACCUGGUAUCCAAUUAUUCAGUCGACGGACUCCGCAUCGACAGUGUCCUCGAAGUCGAACCAGACUUCUUCCCGGGCUACCAGGAAGCAGCAGGUGUCUACUGCGUCGGCGAAGUCGACAACGGCAACCCUGCCCUCGACUGCCCAUACCAGAAGGUCCUGGACGGCGUCCUCAACUAUCCGAUCUACUGGCAACUCCUCUACGCCUUCGAAUCCUCCAGCGGCAGCAUCAGCAACCUCUACAACAUGAUCAAAUCCGUCGCAAGCGACUGCUCCGAUCCGACACUACUCGGCAACUUCAUCGAAAACCACGACAAUCCCCGUUUCGCCUCCUACACCUCCGACUACUCGCAAGCCAAAAACGUCCUCAGCUACAUCUUCCUCUCCGACGGCAUCCCCAUCGUCUACGCCGGCGAAGAACAGCACUACUCCGGCGGCAAGGUGCCCUACAACCGCGAAGCGACCUGGCUUUCAGGCUACGACACCUCCGCAGAGCUGUACACCUGGAUAGCCACCACGAACGCGAUCCGCAAACUAGCCAUCUCAGCUGACUCGGCCUACAUUACCUACGCGAAUGAUGCAUUCUACACUGACAGCAACACCAUCGCAAUGCGCAAAGGCACCUCAGGGAGCCAAGUCAUCACCGUCCUCUCCAACAAAGGCUCCUCAGGAAGCAGCUACACCCUGACCCUCAGCGGAAGCGGCUACACAUCCGGCACGAAGCUGAUCGAAGCGUACACAUGCACAUCCGUGACCGUGGACUCGAGCGGCGAUAUUCCCGUGCCGAUGGCGUCGGGAUUACCGAGAGUUCUUCUGCCCGCGUCCGUCGUCGAUAGCUCUUCGCUCUGUGGCGGGAGCGGAAGAUUAUACGUCGAGUAA